AUGGAGGCAGCCGCCGCCGCCGAUGUCCCUGGUGUCCGGCCCGUCGAUUGGGCCAUGCAGUGCAGAGUGGGGCGUGAUCAGGCUGGGCCAUGUAAUGCAUGCUCGGUUCCAGCUGAUACUGCUUCGAUCGCGCUAAUGCGGGUGAACUGGAGGUUUUGGCCAAGGUUCCGGAUGAGGUGGUACUUGGAUCGGGGCUUUGGGGGAGACAUGAAUACUUUGAAGAGGCCAUCCAACUCAUCGCCUCCAGAAGGCGAAACAGACAAGCAUAAACGGCAGAAGAGGGAAUGCCAGGAUUUCUCUCCCAGAAGGUACCAGCUUGAUGUCUAUGAGGUUGCUACGAGGCAGAACACAAUUGCGAUGCUUGACACAGGAGCUGGGAAGACAAUGAUUGCUGUCAUGCUCAUCAAGCAUUUUGGGAAGAUCAGCAAAGCAAAUAAUGAUGGAAAGCUCAUCAUAUUCCUUGCACCAACAGUUCAACUCGUCACACAGGUUAUGGUCAUGACACCACAGGUGUUGCUAGAUGCUUUACGCCAAGCUUUUUUGAUCCUGGACAUGGUUAGUCUCAUGAUAUUUGAUGAAUGCCAUCACGCAACUGGUAACCACCCAUAUACUAGGAUAAUGAAGGAGUUCUAUCACGGAUCAGAGCAUAAACCAAAUGUAUUCGGGGUCUCCUCUGAUUUGGAUUGUGAAAAUCAGCUAUCUGAGCUGGAAAAUAUUUUAGAUUCCAAGUAUGAUGGGCUGAUCGUACAAUUGCAUAACAGGUCGACCAAUCAGUACAAAGAUGCUGAUGAAAUAACAAAAGAAUCAUGGAGACGUCUCUCAAAUUCUGUAGCAAAGAUUUGCUAUUGCCUUGAAGACACUGGUCUUCUUUGUGCUAGUGAGGCCACUAAAAUCUGCAUUGAAAGGGGUCAGAGAAAAGGUUGGCUGAAGGGGGGCAGUGACACCACUGAUCAGCAACGUGAUCCAAAUGGACCAAUCCUGUUUGCAGAAAUUUCAAUGGUUCAUAUGAAGUUCUUUCAGGAAGUGUUGGAUGUAAUUGACAAACGCCUCCAACAGCAACAAGGAAUUGAUGCCCUUUUGAACUCAGAGAGUGGAUGUGUGGAAGCAACAAAGAUGGGCUAUAUUUCACCAAAGCUUUAUGAGCUCAUGCAAGUAUUUCUCUCUUUCAGUGACUCUGAUAACAUCCGAUGCCUUAUUUUUGUGGAUCGAAAGAUUAGUGCUAGAGUCAUUGAGCGGACGAUGAAGAAAAUAGGCCGACUCUCCUUUUUCAGAGUCUCUUUUCUAACUGGAGGGGGAGUUCUUCAGUGGAUGCCCUCACCUCUAAAAUGCAAAAGGAUACGCUGGAUUCGUUCUGCUCUGGAAAGGGGGAAUGUGAAACAAAAUGAUUUAAUAUAUGGGAUUAUGAGAAGUAAGGCCUCGAUGGCUGAGAUUGCUUCAAACCGAGAGCCUGAGGAUUCACACCCCAAUUUCUUCCCCACUGAAGAAAUAAAUGAAUACCAUAUAAGCACAACAGGAGCCAAAAUAACUACUGAUUCUAGCAUCAGUGUUCUCAACCAGUACUGUGACAAGCCCCCGAAGGACAAGUACUACACCCCAAGACCCACAUUUCAGUUCACCCAUUAUGGUGAUGGUUAUGAGUGUACUGUAACACUACCAUCUAGUGCCAUGUUUCAACUUUUGGUAGGUCCAAAGGCAAGAAACAUGCAGAAAGCAAAGCAGCUUGUUUGCCUUGAUGCAUGUAAGAGGCUGCAUCAGCUCGGAGCACUUGAUGACCAUCUUUCUCCAUCAGUUCAAGAGCCGCCUUUGGAAAUUUCAAGCAAGUCUAGUAUCUCGACAUCUGGUGCAGGUUUAGGUACAACCAAACGGAAAGAGCUGCAUGGUACAACUAAAGUUCUUUCUAUGUCUGGCUCUUGGGGUUCAGAUAGAAGUGUGACUAAGCUUCAAGGCUAUAAGUUGAAUUUUGUUUGUGAUCAAGUUGGUCAAAAAUACUCCAAUUUUAUCCUUUUAAUUGAUGCAAAUAUAGCAAAAGAAUCUGCUACUUUAGAUGUUGAUCUAUAUUUGCAUGACAAGAUGGUAAAAGCUUCAGUAUCUCCUUGUGGGCCUCUUGAGUUGGAUGCUCGGCAGGUAUCUGAUUUAUGUGCCAAUAGUAAAUUUGAUGGUACAUCUGACAAGAAAGAAGCAAAAUUUCAGACAUUUGCAGAAUAUUUUGAGAAGAAGUAUAAUAUAUUUCUUUGUCAUCCUUUGCAACCAUUGCUAGUGUUGAAACCCACCCAUAAUCCACACAAUCUUCUUUCCUCAAAGAAUAGAGAUGAAGGCAACGUUGUGGAAAAUAAAAAUAGGGCGAAUAGCCUUGUUCACAUGCCUCCAGAGUUGUUGAUUCCCCUUGAUUUACCUGUUGAUGUUUUGAGAGAAUUCUAUUUGUUUCCAUCUCUAAUGCAUCGUCUUGAAUCACUAAUGCUAGCCAGCCAACUAAGAAGUGAAAUUGAAUACACAGAUUCUGAUAUAUCAAGCUUUGUGAUUUUGGAAGCUAUUACAACACUUAGAUGCUGCGAGGACUUCUCUAUGGAGCGUUUAGAGUUAUUGGGGGACUCUGUUCUUAAGUAUGCAGUGAGUGCUCAUCUUUUCAUGACAUUUCUUAAUAAGCAUGAGGGGCAGUUAUCGUCCAGAAGGCAAGAAACGAUAUGUAAUGCCACACUUUAUAGGCUUGGUAUUGAACGCAGAAUACAGGGUUACAUACGUGAUGCUGCAUUUGAUCCUCGUCGAUGGCUUGCUCCUGGACAGCUUUCCAGACGUCCCUGUCCUUGUGAAUGCCCAGUAAAAUCUGAGGUUAUAACUGAGGAUAUUCAUAGGAUUGAUGACAAAUCUAUAAUUAUAGGCAAGGCGUGUGACAAGGGACACAGAUGGAUAUGUUCCAAAACCAUCUCUGAUUGUGUUGAGGCUAUAAUUGGGGCCUAUUAUGUGGAAGGGGGAUUAAAAGCAGCUUUUGCUGUUCUCAAAUGGUUGCAGAUUGAGACUGAAAUUGAGGAAGAGCUAAUUAUGGAAGCCCUGUCCUUCAGUUCGAAAUUAUCUUCCAAAAGUUGA